CGAGGACAAGCAGGAGUACGAAGAAGCCCGGAAAGCACACAUCCGGAAACUCCAGGCCGACCUCGCGCGCGGGACGACGGAAACCCUCGUCGCGAACAGCUUCCAGUUCAACCCGGACGGCGCGACCAAGGAGGAACGCCUCGGCAUCGACCCGCAGCAGAAACCGCAGCCGAACGCGAGCGACGACGCGGCGUGAGCGGUCCGAACGUCGUCGUCAUCAUGCCGAGCGACGACGACGCCGCGACGAAGAAGAAGCCGCGCAAGUCGCUGUAUCCCCCCGGGAAGAACCGCUGGGGCAUGCCUAUCGAUAAGGCCCCUCGCGAGUACGAGAAGCUGCGACCGCUCGUGAUAUGCGGCCCGAGCGGCGUGGGGAAGGGCACGCUCAUCGACAAGCUCAUGGAAGAUUUCCCCGAGCGCUUCGGCUUCAGCGUCUCGCACACGACGCGGAAACCGCGGCCGGGAGAGGUGGACGGCGUGCACUACAACUUCGUCGAAAAAGCCGCGAUGGAGAAGGACAUCGCGGAGGGGAAGUUCUUAGAGCACGCGCGCGUGCACGACAACAUCUACGGGACGUCGUUCGCGGCGGUGGACGCGGUGUCGAACGCGGGCCGCGUGUGCGUCCUCGACAUCGACGUCCAGGGCGCCGAGCUCGUGAAGAAGAGCGACCUCGACGCGGUGUACGUGUUCAUCGCGCCGCCGUCGAUGGCGGAGCUCGAGCGACGUCUGCGCGGGCGAGGCACGGAGAAGGAGGAGGCCAUCAAGACGAGGCUCGCGAACGCGGGGAAGGAGAUGGAGAAGACGAAGGAGGACGGGUUCUUUAACCGCGUCAUCGUGAACGACACGAUUCACACGUCGUACUGUUCCCUGAAAGCCGUCAUCGCGGGGGAGAUUUACGGGCGCCCGUGGGAGUGGGACGGCGACGCCGCGCCGUCGGCGGCGUACAAGAAGCGGUUCUACGAGGACCGCGUCUUGUUUUGGCUGAGUGACUUUUUCAGCGUGAUGAAGGACGUGGUCAACAUCGCGUGCGACGUCGGUCCAGUGCUCCUCGCCGGCGCCGUGGGGGCGGCGGCCGCGUUUCGGUACAUGGAUAAGAACUGA